AUGUGCCAAGGUCACGUCCUUAUAGAGGAUGUGCCGGGUGUCGGCAAGACGAUGCUCGCCAGAAGCCUCGCGCGCUCAGCAGGCUGCUCUUUCAAGCGAAUACAGUUCACCCCGGACCUGUUGCCGACUGAUGUGACAGGGGUGUCGAUAUUCAACCAGAGGAGUGGGGAGUUCGAGUUCAGGCAGGGAACAAUCAUAGCGCAGCUCGUGCUGGCAGACGAGAUCAACCGCGCGACUCCGAAGACGCAGUCCGCCACGCUCGAGGCGAUGGAGGAGCGGCAGGUUACGGUCGAGGGCAUAACGCACUCGGUGCCGACGCCGUUCAUGGUGAUGGCUACGCAGAACCCCAUCGAGUAUGAGGGGACAUUCCCGCUGCCGGAGGCGCAGCUCGACCGCUUCUUCGUGAUGAUUUCGCUUGGCUACCCGUCCGCAGAAGAGGAGAUCAGGGUUAUCAACGGGCAGCAGGUUGGACAUCCGAUAGAAAACCUGCAAUCGGUCACGUCUGCCGAGGAAAUCCAAGAGAUGCAGCGGGCUACUCGCGAGGUGUAUGUGGACGACCUUAUAAAGGAGUACAUCGUGACGAUCAUAAGCGCGACGAGGGGACACCCUGACAUCGCGCUAGGGGCAUCGCCGCGCGGGUCACUGUUCCUGUUCAGGGGGGCGCAGGCGCUGGCGCUGAUUCGCGGGCGGGACUAUGCGCUGCCGGAUGAUGUCAAGGAGCUUGUUGUGCCCAUCAUGAGGCACCGGAUAAUCGUGUCUGCCGCCGCCAGGAUGCGGGGCGUUGACCCUGCCCAAGUAGUGAGAGAAAUCGCCGACAGCAUACCCGUGCCUGGGGCGCAGGCGCAGGGCUGGUUUAGGAGCUGA